UAUAGCCGGGCAUCACGUCACGUGUCAGGGCUCCCGGGUCCUGGGCCAAGUUUUUUCCGUGUCAGAUCGUCCACGGAGCUUCAAAGCAAGGCGACCCACACGGUCCGAACACUCCUGCGCGCAUCUCCGCUCCACGCUGCGUAACCACCACCUCAGCGAGGAUGGACGGAUGGAUGGAUGCGUGUAUGUGGAUAGAGGCUCCCGUUUAACCGAACGCGCAAUUGAAGACCACUUCAAGUGAUUCUUCGGUUACUUCCAGUGAUUUUUUUUUUUUUUUAAACUGCUCUCGGAUUACCUUUUGAUCUGUGAAAAACAAUAGAAGUAAGGAGGGCUUUUUUUUGUUGUUGUUGUUGGGGGAGACAGAAGAGAGGAAAGAAAGGAAGGAAAGCUCCGGGUUGCUGAGAAAGGCUGGGUGCGCUAGAAACACGGAAAGUCACGGAUCAUGCUUAUGGGAACUUCCGAUUCCGUCUCGAUAAGAGUGGCUCUGCCUGAUGCUCUAUCAUGACUGAUGGCGAGGGGAGAGCGCGCUUUCAGUACGCAGAGUGCCCGGAGGUGCAGGAGCAGGAGGUGGUGCAGGAGCAGGUGAGGCUCGCUAUACCGACGCCCUAUAGGAAGGACGACCCGGGUCAGGAUGUUGACCCUGGAGGAAGCCAUGACGAGGAGGAAGAGGAGGAGGAGGAGGUGGAGAGGAAGGGGAGGGGCAGUAGUGGAGGAGAAUGGAGUGCUGAGGUUCAGGAGCAUGAAGACCAGGAGCCGGAGCUGGAAGUGGAAGUUGGACCAACAUUGGGAGUUCGUAUCAGGGCUCCUAUUCGUGAUCCAGACUGUGUCUCUGAGGAGGAGGAGCAGCAGCCGUACCCGGCCCUGGCCCCCGUGGCCUUCUUCUGCUUAAAGCAAACAACAAGGCCUCGCAACUGGUGUCUUCGUGUCGUCUGUAACCCAUAUCCUUUCAUAUGCUGGAAACCUAACUCAGUGUGA